GCGUCCAUUUUCGUGUGACUGUGAGCCCAUGUGCAAAAAGCUUGACAUAUUUAUCGGUUUUUGAAGAUUUAAUCCCAGCGAUUGGAGCUGUGAAAAAAUUUUAACAUCAAUUAAAAAUGCCACUAGCAUAUGAAGUAAAGUCCUCAUGGGCAGACGAGGUCGAAGAAGACGGUGGAGUGUUGCCCGCUUCAACAGAGGUCUAUGAAAACGGUUUCAAAGUUCUCACAGAGUUCAAGUACAACGAUGAUAACAAAAAAGUCAAGGUUGUCCGUACGUACAAGAUCGAGAAGCGAAUAGUCUCAAAGACGAUUGCAGUGAGAAAGAACUGGGCGAAAUUUGGAGAUUCAGCUGAUGACAGGCCAGGCCCCAACCCCGCGACAACCAUCGGUGCUGAGGAUGUUUUCAUGCAGUUUAUCUCCAGCAAAGAGGAAGAGAACAAGACAGAGGAUGAAUCCCUUGACAAAUUGAAGAGCAUGGGUGACAAGGGAAUAGUCAAGUGUCGUAAUUGCAAUGGUGACCAUUGGACCUCGAAAUGUCCAUACAAAGAUACUGUUCUUGCUGGCGGCAAAGUUCCAGAUGACAAAAAACCACCUUCACGUCCUGGAGCACCUGAACCUGCACCACCAGCAGGUGGUGAAGCUCAAAAGGGAAAAUAUGUACCACCGAGCAUGAGAGAUGGUGGCAACAGGCGUGGAGACUCCAUGCAGAUGCAGCGACGCGAUGAUACCACUGCCAUUCGCAUCUCUAAUUUAUCUGAGAGCACUAAUGAAGCUGAUCUUGAAGAACUGGUCAAGCCAUUCGGUGUUAUACAGAAGCAGUAUCUAGCUAAGGAUCGAAAUACCAAUCUGUGCAAAGGUUUUGCUUACGUUCACUUCAAAUUUCGAGCAGAGGCUGCCAGAGCUAUUAACCAUCUCAAUGGGUAUGGGUACGAUCACUUAAUUUUGAAUGUCGAUUGGUCGAAGCCACCGGCACAACAGAAUUAAGAGGACUCCUUUUUGGAUUUUUGUUGUCUUUAGCUGGGUUUAAAUGUGGUAAAACGAAUCGAGUAUAUGUAUAUUAAAAAUAUCGAGAGGAUUUUUUCUAAUUUUGGGAAAAUUUUGUUCCUUGAAAGAACAGACGAAUAUCUCUCAAAGUACUUUAGCAAUACCAAGAUGAUUGAUUAUCAAUAAUGAUUUUUGUGUUUGAUACACUUUUAUAUCGAUGAUAGAUCUAUUAUUUACGUGAAGAGUGGAUUGAGAAGCAAGUAUUUGAGGAUUUUUUUAGGACAGAUUACUUAAAGUACGAAGAAGAGACCUCUCAUUAUUUUUUAUUUUGCUAAAAUUGCUCGUUUAACUGCUGAAUUAAAUCAGUCAUGUAAAUUACGUAUUGAUCGAAUCGUUUUAUCAAUUUCUUCUGAUGAUUUGAUGAAGGGGGUGAGGAUGUAUUUUAAUUAUGAAAUUGCAUAUUUGAAGAUGAAGGUCAAUAAAAAUAUUCCAUUUCAUUAAA